GUGUGCGAAUGAGCACGUCUUUAACCCCCAGUUAACUGGCUAAAUAAACGGAUUACAGUAGCUGAUCCCUGAACGUGGAAGAUGGUCAACAUGAGUUCUCCAGCGUCCGAUGCUAGCUGGUAUGGACUUGUCGUCAGUCGCUGUCAUGGCCUGGUCCGUCCUCCCCGUGGACAGCUUCCUGUGCAUGGUCCUCGGUAUCUCCAUCACCGUGUGGUUCACGCUGUUGCUGGUCUUCAUCAUCGUGCCGGCCGUUCUUGGGGUGUCCUUUGGGAUCCGCAGGAUCUACAUGAAUGCCCUCCUCAAAGUGUUUGAGUGGGCCACCCUGAAAAUGGAGCAAGGAGCCAAAGAGAAGAACCAGCAUUUGCACAAGCCCUACAGUAAUGGUAUCAUAGCCAAGGAGCCCUUGUCUCUAGAGCAGGAGAUCCAGGAGUUUAGGGGCAGCGCCGCUCUGGGCUCCGAGCCCGAGUUUGAGUUGGCCGACAUCAUGUACUUCUCCCGGCGCGGCGUGGAGAGCAUCGUGGACGACGAGGUGACCAAGCGCUUCUCCGCCCAGGAGCUGGAGUCCUGGAACCUGCUGACGCGCAGCAACUACAACUUCCGCCACAUCAGCCUGAGGCUGACCGUGCUGUGGGGGCUGGGGCUGCUCAUCCGCUACGGGCUCCUGCUGCCCCUCAGGGUAACGCUGGCUGUCACCGGUAUAGGUCUGCUACUGGUCCUGACCACUCUGAUAGGAUGCCUGCCUCAUGGACAGAUGAGGUCUCUCCUCAGUGAGAAGGUGCACCUGAUGUGCUACCGGAUCUGUGUGAGAGCUCUCACCGCCAUCAUCACCUACCACCACAGUGAAAAUAAACCAAAGAAUGGAGGCAUCUGCGUGGCCAACCACACCACUCCCAUAGAUGUGAUCAUCCUGGCCAACGACGGCUGCUACUCCAUGGUGGGCCAGACCCAUGGAGGGCUGAUGGGGUUGGUCCAGAGAGCCAUGGUCAAGUCCACCCCUCACAUCUGGUUCGACAGAUCCGAAGUCAAAGACCGCCACCUGGUGGCCAAAAGGCUUUACGACCACGUGUCGGACAAAACCAAGCUGCCCAUCCUCAUCUUCCCUGAGGGUACCUGCAUCAACAACACCUCAGUGAUGAUGUUUAAAAAAGGCAGCUUUGAGAUUGGCUGCACGGUCUACCCUGUGGCCAUAAAGUAUGACCCCCGGUUCGGGGAUGCGUUCUGGAACAGCAGCAAGUUCGGGAUGGUGAGCUACCUGCUGAGGAUGAUGAGCAGCUGGGCCAUCGUGUGCAGUGUGUGGUACCUGCCCCCCAUGGAGAGAGAGGAAGGAGAGGAUGCUGUCCAGUUUGCCAACAGAGUAAAAGCAGCCAUCGCCAUACAGGGUGGGCUAGUGGACCUGCUCUGGGACGGAGGGCUGAAGCGAGGGAAGGUGAAGGAUGCGUUCAAGGAGGAGCAGCAGAAACUGUAUAGCAGAGUCCUGAUGGGAGGACAAGAGGAAGACCAGACCCUGGACAGUCCGGGGGAGGAGGGAGACCAGACCCUGGACAGUCCGGGGGAGGAGGGAGACCAGACCCUGGACAGUCCGGGGGAGGAGGGAGACCAGACCCUGGACAGUCCGGGGGAGGAGGGAGACCAGACCCUGGACAGUCCGGGGGAGGAGGGAGACCAGACCCUGGACAGUCCGGGGGAGGAGGGAGACCAGACCCUGGACAGUCCGGGGGAGGAGGGAGACCAGACCCUGGACAGUCCCGGGGAGGAAAAUGAGCAGUCAGAGAGAGAAUGGAGGGAGGCAGAGAAAGGAGGAAUGGAGAGAGAGGAGGGAAGGAGGAACAGAGAAGGAGAGGACUUUGGGAGGGGGGAAGAGAGAGAAUAGAGGGAGGAACAGAGGAGAGACAUAGAGGAUGGAGGUAGGAAGAGAGAGAAGCUCAGAGAUGGCUAAGGACCAAUUAAUCCUAUCAAGGGUUUCUCGCUUGCAAAGCUACACUCGCUGUCUCAUUCUGUGUCUUCGUUAUAAACUGGACAUCUACAGGCUAUCUGUUGAAACAUCAGUAAACUGCUCUGGGAACACGUGCAUCCCUACAAACAUUUCUAAUGGAACACCACUGACUGAAGCUGUGGUUUUCUAUUGGCUGAGAGCCCAAAACUUUUUACUUUCACUGCACACAUUGAACUAUUUGAAUGUAAUCUUUUUUAUAUAUGUAUUUAAACAUUUAGCACUUUUAAAAACGAUUUUAUGUAUUUGUGUUGUUUCUUUAAAUAAGUUGGAGAGGCGGUUACUGAUGUACAGUAUAUACAUGGGUCUAUGUUUAGAAUUGUAAAGGUUUAUGUUAGUGUUGACUCUUGUGUUUGUUCAGGAUUAAGAACUGUCAAUGCAGGCUGAAUCUACAUGUUACCUGGGUUACUGCUCAGAAUGCUGUAUCCAUGAAUACAUUAUCUUUUGAUAUGUUAA